UCACUUAACUCGUCACUGAUUUUCUUGGUGCGCAUUGUCAAGAUUCUAAAUAAGGGUUGGCAGAGCGCCGGCGCCGUUCUAUAAAUAGAGAUUGCACUGCGCUUUCUGUUUGCCGGUGGCUCACACAAGAACUAAAAACCUAGUACUGCACGGUGUAUUCCACCACUUGCACUUCCUCACAAAGUGCUCCUAUUUUUCAAUACAAUUUCGCGAUGAGAGCAUUCGCAAACACUCACCCUUCAUUUCUCUCACAAUAAAACUCAAACCCAAGCCCCCCUCUCUGCCCCCCCCCUCUCAGUUCUCACACAGUGUUUCAACAAAAAAAAAGUUUACAAAAAAAGUUUACAAAAAAGCAAUUACAAAAAAAUACCAAUUAACUCCCAAGUCAAUAAAACAAAAAAAAAGCAGAACGAAAGGGGAAGAAAAGAAAACUAAAAGAGGGUUGAAAGUCAAACUCGCAAACAUCGAUUAUUAUACCAUGGGGCUAAACUCGCGCGGCUAAAAAAAUUAUCAUCGAAAAAAAAAAUGACAAGAAGCAAGAAACUUCGACCCAUCAUUCUCAGAAUGAAGAAAAUUUUUCCAUUUUUAAAAUCAAGCACAGGCCUAAAAUAGGGGGGGGGAGGGUGAAAAAAAAGUGAAUCAAAACUCAAAAUAAUGGAUUUUUGACAAGAAAAUAAAAUAAAAUUGUGAAAUGUGAAAAUUGAAAAAUCCAAGUGUUCAAGAGAGUGAAGGAGAGCAAAGAGAGAAAAGGGCGCGGAGAAUUUUGCUAAAAUAGAUCUGGCCUAAUUAUCAUGGCAUUGGUAAUGCUGCCUUGUGACCUGCCAUGGUGGCCAGCAGUGAUAAAACAAUUGGACAAGGCAGCGGCUGCCAGAAAUACAAAAGAGCUUUUAGACAUAAUGCUAAAGCUCCACGAUAUGUGCAACAUCAGUCUCGAUCCUGAUGAGGAUAAUCACGAUUCCGAUUUAUUCGACGCUUUUGAACGAUUUUUAGAGGACGAUCUCACAGCCGCAGAACGAAAACAAGUGUUUUUAAAGACAAUACCAAAAAUCGUUGAAAGAGCAAAAGCUCUGAGAUCAUGUAAACCACCGUUGGGUUUACAUUUCAGUUUACAACAACAAGGUGACACUGUAGAUUAUAAUUAUGGCUUUGUAUCAUCAUUGAUAGCGAAUGCUUUUUUCUCAACUUAUCCAAAACGAACAGCAAAGACUCAUCCCACACUCAGGGACUUUAAUUUCACCCAUUUUUUUCGAAAUUUACAUUUAAACUCGCAGAAAGCUAAAUUACGAUGUAUAUUCAAUUAUUUCGAUUAUCUAGAGAAGGAAAACGCGUUAGAGGGAAAAAUCACAAUAUCAAGACAGGUAAUGACGUCCAAACAAUGGUUAACAAUUGAAGACUGGCUAGAGUGUAGUGUACCUCUUUGUCCUUUAUCUAUUCGACAUGAAGGUCGCUUAGAUCGAAUAGAAGCAGAAACAAAGGUUUUGCACGUUUGUUUUUCAAGUUCGAGAUUAGGUGGUGGAGUUUUAGAAGAACAAUUUUCACAAGAAACUAUAUAUUUAUGCACACAUCCUGAACUACUUUCUGCAAUGCUAUCUGUCGAGGCCUUAGAAGACAACGAAGUUUUGAUAGUAGAGGGAGCAAGACAUUUUUCCCGCAUAAAUGAUCCCAGAAACAGAACUUCUUUUGAAGCUAUUUCUCAACCGUGUACCGUAACGGUAUGCUGCAUGGAUGCGGAAGAUUAUUCUCACCUACCAAUUAGUCAAUUCGAAGAAGACAAUAUUUUACGAGAAAUGAACAAAUCUCUUUUGGGAUUUCGACAAAGACAUAUUCCAAGUAGUCCCACGGACCCAGUGCGCACUGAAUCCGAUUCUGAAGCAAGUUUAAGUGCCCGAAGAUUAUCGCCAAUUGGAGAAAGUUUUAGCAGUACACCACCGGAAAUCGAUCAGGAAUUAAAACCGCCAACUGUAAAUAGUACCGGAAGUCAAACAAAUGAGACGAUUUUCAAUGAAACCUGUGAGGGCACGAAAGAAAUUAGAACACGAGGAAAUGGAGCAUCGAAUCCUGGCCUAACAAAUGCAACACUAAAUUGUCCGAAUAGAAAAAAUCGCUUUAUAGUUUUAGGAUCGAGUGGAGAAAUUUUACCAGUCACACGAAAAUCAAUAGGCCAAAUGUCAGUUUACAGUAGUUGUAAUAGUCAAAGUACUGACAGUUUUCAUAGUGCUAAGGACACAAUAGACGAAGAUGCAGAAGACGAUGAACAGAAAUUAUUCAAACGCUUCACUCAGAUGGAUUCCUCGGAGAGAAAAGGAACAUUUGCUCAAAGACUUAAGGAAGCUUUAAAACGAGAAAGCUCGGCUACUUGUACAUCUUCCAAUAAUUCUUCCACCGAAAGUAGCUAUGCAGUUGGAAUUAGUGUCACUGGUAGCCACGUGGGAGAUCAGAACAUUAAACUCAGAAGAGGUGGAUCGAGAGGUUUUGUCCUCAGGGACGAGACAGUGGAUGAGGAAUUUUUGAAAGUGUCCCUCGAAGCUGAACAAAAAUGGUUGGGAAGAUUUCGACAAAGUCAACCGGCCAUGUUUCAGAAAAAAGAUAGUAGCGCCAGCAGUAGAUAUAGUUUUAGCACCGAAUACAGUUCAGAUUUUUGCUCAGAAUUGGAAGAGGUUUAUGAGCAAUUAUCAAAAUGGUUAGAGGAGCCGGGAGAGGCUGAUGAGAAUCGAGAAAUGGAUCCAAGAGAUCAAGCGGUUGUGAGAUUUGCGGGAUCUCUUCUCAAGAGGGCAUUGAGUGAAUCUUUUGCCGGCGUUCCUGUUCAGGAGGGCGAACCACAACCACUUAUCGAUUCCACUGAUGCUCAUCAAAGGCAUAAAUUAGCAUUGGCUGUGAGAAGUUUGAGUUUAGAACUCGCUCGACAAAAAAACAAACGACAACAAUCUGAUUUAGAUUUUGAAGAAGCAUCUUGUUACGAGGACACAAUGUGCGAGGAUGAUUCGACAACGAAAAUAGAAGAAGAAAAUUUUUCGCAAAGAAGAAAACAACUUUGGGCGAUAAAUUUUACGUCACAAGUAUUCCAGACACUAAUCGAUGAAGAGACAACAAUUUCUCUGCCAUCAUCCAAACCGGAUAUAAUUCAAGUCGAGACUAAUUCUAAAUUAUUAGAAUGUUUCGCAAGCUUCGUGGGAAAUAUCAAACGGAAUCUAUUAAAUGAUGCACCAUCGGAAAAUUUUCAGAUGCCGAGGGAAAAUAGCCCUCUUGGAGGUGGCUUAUUAUCAGUAGCCACUGGUAAUUGGGGAUGUGGAUCUCAUUUGAAAGGUGAUCCUCAAUUGAAACUGGUAAUUCAAUGGCUCGCUGCCUCUUUGGCGGGUGUUCCGAAAUUAAUAUACUACACUUCCGGUCAUCAAAGUUUAUCAAAGUUGGACACAGUGAGUAGAAUAUUAAUGGACAGGCAUUGGACGGUGGGAAAUUUAGCAGCAGCUACAUUAAGAUUCGCCAUUCAAACAAUUGAAGAAAGACUGGAAAGUAGAAAUAGUCUCUUUGAAGAUUUAAUAGGAAUGGAUAAACCGAGUCCUUAGCCCAAUACAAUGAUAUCCGUCAUGGUUGACGUUCUGGCCUCAAUGAUAGAAGACGGCUUUUCCAUUUGUAUGGAUCAUGAAAUGUCUAUUUAAUCAAAUUAAAAAAAAAUUACACCACAAUUAAAAAAUUCUAUAAAACUAAAAGUGGGUUUAAUACUUGAGUUCUUUAAAAAAGAGACGAAAAUUAGGGGAAAAAAAUUUAUUUAAUUCAAAAUAAUAAUUCCCAACAACUACUCAAUGAACUAUAAACCCAUUGAACCCACUGAAAAUUUAUGUUCAAAAUAAAAAACACUAGAAAAAAUGUGACGCAUACUCAAAAAUGUGAAACAUAUUCAAAAAUAUGAAAAGUGUUCAAAAAAUAUGAAAAGUAUUUUAAAAAAAUUUAACAAGU